AUGGGGGGUGGCGACACAUGUCAGCCACAAAUUUCAACCGCAGGAAGUACAACGCGUGGCUCUCAAAAAAGAAGAAGGCAUCGGAGCUAUCCCCCGCCGGACAACACCAGCAGCUUUGAUCCCUUUUCUUGUUAUCUUAUAGCCAGGGCGAUUCCUCAGAUACCAGACCAUUCACAGGAUCUAUCUUACGUCAUCAUUCUGAAAACUGUUCUAACAGGUAGCAUGAGGACUAAUCACCAGCCAUGGCUCUUAUUUGUUCUGCUUCUAAUCCUGUCUUAUUACACACCAUGCUUCUCCAUAGCUGGUGAUACCCUUUCUCCAGGUCACUCUCUUUCACUUUCAAAGAGAGAGACCAUAGUAUCUAAAGACGGCACUUUUGAGCUCGGUUUCUUCCAACCAGGAACUUCAUUAAAAUUCUACCUAGGUACAUGGUUUAGAAGGUUUGGCCAGAAGGACAAUAUUGUUUGGGUAGCAAAUAAAGAAAACCCUUUGUCUGACCCAUCUUCCUCAACACUUAACCUCUCAGAAGAUGGCAAUCUGCUCCUGUUUCAAGGUUCCUCCAAGAUCCCAUUUUGGUGGACAAAUUUGACAUUUCCUGGGUCAAAUAUAACUGAAGCAGUACUUGGUGAAGAUGGGAAUUUUGUUUUGAGAGAUAGGUCCAACCUGUCUCGUAUAUUUUGGGAGAGUUUCGACCAUAUAACCGAUACAUGGCUGCCAGGAGCAAAGCUUUGGAUCGAUAAGGUUACUCGAAAACAACAGCUGUUCAUCUCAUGGAAAAAUUCACAAGAUCCGGCACCGGGUGUCUUCUCGUUGCAGUUAGACCCAGAUGGAAGCAAUCAAUUUGUCCUAGACUGGAACAGAUCCCAAAUCUAUUGGCAUUCUGGACUUUGGAAUGGAAAUUAUUUUAGCAAUAUUCCUGAGAUGACAAUGAAUUCUAUCUACAACUUCAGUUUUGUGUCAUAUGAAAAUGGAAUAUAUUUGACUCAUUCUCUUCAUAAUCCAUCUUUCCAUUCUAAAUUAGUGAUGAAGUGUACAGGAGAAAUGCAGUUAUUGACGUGGCUGUCUGGCCCUUGGGUAUGGAAUUCAUUUUGGUCUGCACCGAGGGACCAAUCUGAUAUCUAUGCUUUGUGUUGUGCAUUUGGCGUGUUGUACCAUGAGAAUUCCUCAAACCCUUGUGAGUGUCUAAAAGGUUUCCAACCAUUUUCGAUGAACUACACCAGAAUAAGUGAUUGGUCAGGUGGGUGUGUGAGGAAAUCCGCUUUGCAAUGCGAGAAUAAUACAUAUGCUAAUAAUGCCACAAAAGAUUGGUUCCUCAAAGUACCAAACGUGAGAUUGCCUGCUAAUUCAAAAGAAUAUUCGACUGUGAGUGCUAUGAAUUGUGAUGUGGCUUGCAUGAAUAAUUGCUCAUGCACAACUUAUGCUUAUAAUAGGAGUGGGUACUGUAUGAUAUGGAAAGGAGCUCUUUUGAAUUUACAACAGCUCUCAGAUAGUGACCAGACUGGGCAAGAUAUCUAUCUCAAACUUGCUGCUGAUGAAAGUACCAAAGAACUCGAUCGCUUCGGCACAGUGGUGGAGACAGCCAGACAGGGGGCUGCGGGGAUCCUCCGUGGCUAG